AUGAUAGGUAGUCUUCUUUACCUUACUGCUAGUAGACCUGACGUUAGUUACAGUGUGGGAGUGUUUGCUAGAUAUCAGGCUAAUCCCAAAGAGUCUCAUAUGAUUGCUUUGAAAAGAAUCAUAAAGUAUGUCAAAACCACUGCCGACUUUGGUGUGUGGUACAACAAGGACACAAAUGAUAUCUUAGCUAGGUAUUCUGAUGCUGAUUGGGCUGAGAAUGCUGAUAAUAGAAAGAGUACAUCGGGGGGUUGUUUUUAUGUGGGUAAUAAUCUUGUUUCCUGGAUGAGCAAAAAGCAGAAUUCCAUCUCAUUAUCCACUGCAGAAGCUGAGUACAUCGUUGCCAGUAGUUGUUGCACCCAACUCCUAUGGAUGCAAAAACUCCUCCAUGAUUACAGUAUUUGUCAAAAGCAUCUUACCAUCUACUAUGAUAAUACCAAUGCCAUCAACAUCUCUAAGAAUCAGAAGGCUGAUUUGUUUACCAAACCUUUUGACAGAAAACGGUUUGAAUUCCUUUACCAAAACAUUGGUGACCACCGUGUGGAUCGUAUUACACGACGACAGGCUGUGAUGGGUGGUUACACAAUGGCUUCCUUUCCCGAGGCAUCUGAGGAUGAUAGUGAUGGUUACAGCAGUGUUGAUGAUACUGAGGAUGAUGAUGAUGGCUCGCCAAGUGAUGAUGAAAUGUCUACUUGA